AAAUGGAAGCUGGAAAAGUUCACGGGUUCAUUUUAUUAUUUUAUUUUUCUUCAUUGAUAAUGAGGUCUUCAGUCAGCGCUUUACAUCAUCAAACAUUGAUUUAAUAUAUGAGUUCUUUGAAACAUGCACACAUUUUUAUUUGAGGCGAUUUUUCACUUGGGUUUGGGUAUCUAUUAUUAGAGACAAUUGUGGUGUCCAUGCUACAUUGCUGCUUAAUUUUAAUGUCCUACCUCUGGUUGAAGUGUUUGAAUGCAGUGGCCAUUUAGCACUUUGGUAAAAACCUGAAUAUUAAAAUUAUAUAUGCCACAGGUAGACAAGCAUCAGACUUUGAUGACAUAAUGGCCUAUCCAGAGAUAAAUACUUUUUUUUCUCAAAUUUUUUGUAGCUCUUUCCUCUGUUGUGUAGAACUUGAAAUAAUGCAUAGAAUUAUAUUAUUUUAAUAAAGGGUUAAGGAGAUAUUUAAGCUUGAUAAUCUUCUUAAGAAAUUUAGUCCAAGAUAUUUUCUUGUUACCCACACAAAAGAAGACAUCAAUUUUUUCAACUGUUUAUGUUAUUGUAGCUGUACCAUUCGAAAAGUCCACUUCAAUUAAAAUUGUUGAGUCUAUAGGGAGUUAUUGAGAUCUCUAAGGAAAACUAUAUAUAAAAUUAAAAUUUUAAAUGAUGAAAAUAACAUUAUGACUAAAAUCACCUGCACACACAUCAUCCGUUUUUAGCCACUGUUUGUAUAUAUAAUGAGUCAGAGAUUAUUUUUAUAGUGUUUCAGGAUAAUCAAACAUCCCAAUGCACUGUAAUUCAUUUUGUUAUAUAUGCUGUCCCUUUUUUCAAAUUAUUAACAAGAUUAUAAAAUAGUAUCAGAUUAUUUUGUGGUUUUUUCAAAAGCACGAUUAUAAUAUAUUCUUUUUAGAUAAAUAUAUUUUCAUAAACCAAUAUACAUCACACAAAACUUAUACUUGAAAAAAAAACACAAAAUGGUAAAGUUAUUUGCUAUAGAAAUAUUUUAUAAAGGGGCAAAAGUUCAAGAAUUAAAAUCAGCACAUGAAUUACAAUCGUUUGGAUAUUUUCAAAGAUCAAGUGUAAAAGAGUUCAUGGAUUUUACAGGCAGAAUUAUAGUUGAAAGAACAACAAAAAAUCAAAGAGCUUCAGUAAAAGAGAAAGAUUACAUGUGUCAUGUAUAUGUGAAUCAAGAUGGUUUAAGCGCUGUUGCUAUAUCCGAUACAGACUAUCCAAAUAGAGUGGCAUUUAAUAUGUUAAAUAAACUUCUAGAAGAGUUUUCUUCACAAGUAUCCAUGUCUCAAUAUACAACAGCUGAUCCAAGCACCUAUACGUUCACACUGUGCGAAACAUUUUUGGAAAAAUAUCAGAAUCCUAGUGAAGCUGAUCCUAUGAUGAGAGUACAAACAGAACUAGAUGAGACAAAAAUUAUAGUUUACAACACAAUCGAGCAAGUUCUUCAACGUGGAGAGAAAUUAGAUGAUCUGGUUGCUAAGUCCGAUAAUUUAAGUAUGUCAUCCAGAACGUUUUAUAAAACGGCAAAGAAGACGAAUUCUUGUUGCUCUUGGUAGAGGCUUUCCAUAUUUCAUAAACUUACGCAAACGUUUUAUCUUUGGAGGAAUAAUUUAUUUUUUAUUGUAUCAACCGGACACGCGUUUUUAAUAUGCAGAAUUUAUUUUUUAUAAUUGUGCAAGGGAAGAAGGGGAUCUGUUGGUAGAAAAGGUUGAUAGAUGGCUUAUUUUGUUUAUUUGGAACCUGGUUUAUGUGAUAUAAGUAACCUCAGUAUACACGCAUUCAUUCUAAAAAUGCGUCUGUAUACUUCUUUGUCAAAAACUUUUGGAGUUCUAAACGAACCUGUGAAAAAGUGAUUUUCCGGAAUAAAAUUCCAACAAAUCAUAUCAAAUACGUCGAAAUUUAUGUUCAUUACAAUUAACAUUUUCUAUAAUUAGGCGAUAUAACAUUUAAAGAUUAUAGUGGAAAUUUGGCAGUGAAAAAGCCUGAUCCGAAUUUUCCAAGAUCUAAACUCCAAUUUCGGACAUUCAAACAGUGAUUUUUUUUUCAGACCUUUUAUUUUUCAAAAUUUCGAAAAAACAUUUUAAACCAGUGAGCAAAGUGUGCUAGUCUGUUCAUUGCGCAAAACGCGUAUGCAGGAUUUUUAAUAUGUGCGCGGGAUAUACGGAAUAUGGGCAUUUUAACCAGUUCGUAGCCCCUUUAAAAGAUCAUAAGAAUACAGCUUAAACCAAAUUCUUCUACAUUUUUUCAAGGCUAUUACGUUAUGCAGUGUCAUCUUUCCUUCGUCUUCAAAGAUGACGAUGCGUCAUUUGGUAAAAUGACGCGUCGUUUGUUUUUACGACGCGUCGUUUCGGUUCGCUUCCAGUGGAUUUUUCUUGUUAUCCAAAAUAGAAUUCAUAUAUUUCGUAAAUCGAAUUGUAGUAACUUGAUCGAUAACUUGAAAAGAGAAUUAAACUA